AACAGAAUAUUUGUUGCGAAAUAUUUCAUGUGACUGUUAACAACAAAAUACACAGAUAAAAGAGUAAAAAAUAAAAUUUUGGUGUAUUGAAUAAUAUGUGAAAAUAACUCAUAUCAGAGAAAAACUCUGUCUCUGCUUAUUUAUUUUGAUUUAACUUAUCUUCCCAAAUGGGUGAUACAAAUCUGUUUAGUACAACCCAAAUUGUAGAUCCAGCACAGAUCUUAAGUGAUGCUGAAAUUCGAGCGGAAGAGAUAACAAUCCGUCGUCUUGUUUUUGAGACACCCCUUGAUGCCAUGAAAUGGUGUGCAAGAAGAAAACUCCUCAAAAACACUUGCGAUUGUGAUAAUUGCAACAUCCCAAUGACUUGCAGCCUUAAUUCUAGAGUGGUGUUGGAUGGUUACCAGUGGAUAUGUAAGCUCUACAAAAGUCAAAGGAGCAUAAGAAAGAACUCCUUUUUUGAGAAUAGUGAAUUGAGCCUUGAGCAGAUAUUGGUGCUUGUAUGUGGAUGGGCCAUGGAAUAUCCUCAAGAUAUUAUUUCCCUGGAAGCACAGCUAGGACAAGGAAGCAAAACAGUUGUUGACUGGUACAACUUCUGCCGGGAAGUAUGCGAAGUCCAUUUCAUGCAAAAUGAAAUAGUUAUCGGUGGUCUUAAUGAAGAUUGUACAUCCAAGACAGUCGAUAUCGAUGAGUCAAAAUUUUUCUAUAAGAAAUAUCAUCAAGGAAGAUGGGUUGAUGGUCACUGGGUGUUUGGAGGCAUUGAAAGGGAAAGCAGAAAAUGCUUUUUAGUUGAAGUUCCUGAUAGGACGGAGGCGACGUUGGCAGCAAUAAUUGAGAGGCACAUUUUACCUGGAUCAAUAAUUGUGUCUGAUGGAUGGAGAGCAUAUGGCAACAUUCAAGACAUCGGUGGAAGCAUGUAUGAACAUCAUGCUAUUAUCCAUCAUGAAAAUACUGGUGUUUUUUUACAAAAUCUUGAAAACAUGUGGAUGCGUGCGAAGUAUAGACUCCAGCGACAAUUUGGAACUUCUGAAGCAUUGUUCUGCUCCUAUCUGCAUGACUUUGUAUGGAGGAACCAAUUCCCAAAGUCGCAAGUUUUUGCAGAGUUCGUCAUCAUGGUUGCUGCUCAGUUUCCUGUGCCUUGAUGUGAAAGUGAAAUAUAUUUACCUCUUUCCCUCCUUCAAAAAAGGACUUGAUUUAUAUCCC